AUGUAUGAAGCAGGACUUAGUUCUGACGAGGUAGCGUUGUUUCGCCGCGAGGGGAUAAUAUGUCUUCCUGAUUUCUUAGCUCCCGAGGAAGUUCUGGCGCUUUUAAAUGAGUCUAAAGGAUUACUUUCAGAUUUUGAUGUGAGUUCCCACCCUAUGACCCAAUUCAAAGUGGGUGAAAACGACCAUAUAGGCGAUGAGUAUUUCUUCAAUUCUUCGGAUAAGAUUCUGUUUUUCUUCGAUACGGAUGCUUUUGACGAAUCUGGGGCACUCAAGUAUUCCAAAGAGCAAUCAAUCAACAAAAUAGGCCAUGGAUUGCACAUGAGAAAUCAAGUAUUUCGUAAGAUCACUAUGGACGAUAAGGUGGUGAAUGUGGCCAAGAGUUUGGGGUACAAAGAUGCCCGAGUUCUUCAGAGUAUGUGUAUCUUUAAGCAUCCCGUAGGAAGCACCAAUGAUGAAAGGGAAAACGCUGUCCCACCACAUACGGAUGCAACGUUUUUGUUCACACAACCUCAAACUGCGGUAGGAUUCUGGUACGCAUUAGAAGAUUGUACCCUUGAAAAUGGGUGUCUUUGGUACAAUCCUGGUUCACAAAACGUGUUUCCGUUGACCAAAAGGUUUGUGAAGGUUAAUGGAGGAAAGGAUGGAUGUACAAUGAUCCCAUUGGAGUAUGAUACUCAGAAUGUUCCAGAGGAUAAACCCGAGGACUACGUUCCCGUGGAGUGCAAGGCAGGUUCCUUGAUACUUAUUCACAAUUCUGUGUUGCACAAAUCCGACAAGAAUCGCAGCCACAAAUCACGAUUCGCUUAUGCAUUCCAUGUUAUAGAUGGAACUUCCAAGUUUGACGAGCUCAAUUGGCUUCAGGUCCCCGUUAGCGGCGGGUGUAAUUUUACCAAAUUGUACGAAUAG